CACUUAACAAUCAGUCAAGUUUAUCGUGCGUCUUAGUUUAGUUCGCAGAAAUUAGCUCGCGUGACGCUUGCGACAGAAAAAUAGGUCCGCAGCAGCAGCAGCCGCAGCCGCAGCCGCAGUACCAGCAGCAGCAAGAGCAGGCAGUUAAAAAAAAUUGAAAAACCACAACGAAGCAGCUAAAAAAGCUUCAGCUCCAGAUCCAGCAUAAAUAAGUAAAGAUAAGACGGCUAACUGAAAUGGCCCGACUUGCAUUAUAAAAACCAAAUAAUAAUAAUUAUAAUACAAACAAAUUACAAGUGCGCCGAUCAACGAAAAAUUUGCAAUAGUGCAAUUGCAGACCUCGCAACAUGCCGGAAGAAAAGGCAUCCAAUCUCGAGAAUGGCCAAACAACGGCAGCUUCCACACCCAGUAAAACUAAACGCCAAAGGACACCAACACGUCGACGUCCGCCAAACGAGGGCGAUGUCGUCGCUGGGGGCGUGGGCAUUACCGGCGGUGGUGUGGUCAUCCUACCCCAGCACGUGCUCAACGAACUCUAUCACAACUAUUCCAUUAAGCAGCGACGCAGCGGCCUUAAGUGGUUCCUGUUUGCGGCCGUGCUCUUUAAUCUCUGGACGAUUUGCAUACCCUGGGAGCAGGCGUUUCCCACAAGAGUGGUCAAUUGCAGCAUGCUGUUGGCCUAUUUGGCGCUGACAGCUCUGCUGCACAUUGGACGCCAGUCGGAGCAGCCUGCCCUGAGACGCUUCCAUCACUCGCUGUUGACAGUUGUACCGCGAGCCUUAUGGUUCCUCUCGAUGCUUCAUUUCGCCGCCUAUGUGAUGCUGCAGGCCAGCUUCUCGCCGCGAGAUGUUCUUGGCUGGGCGAUUCUCUUGAACUUCCUAAUAUAUGUGACAUUGCCAUUGCCGUUGAUUUUCCUGGGCCUGGUAAUUGGCUUUUGCACGUACUUCAAUUGCUUGAGUCUACCCGUUGGCUUCUCACGUCCAGAUCCCUUAAUCUCAGAUCAGGCGGCGGCUAAUGCCGUUUUAAUAGCCACCGCAGCGUUAAUUGGACUAUUAUAUUACUUUAUGGGCGAGGCGAAGCAGAAACGCGCCUUCCUGGAGGCAAAAAAGAGUCUGGAGGUGAAGACGGUCAUAGAGGAGCAGUCGGCAGAACAGGAACGUUUGCUGCUAUCCGUACUGCCCAAGCAUGUGGCUAUCAAGAUGCGCGAAGACUUGGGCUCAUCUAGUUCAGAGGCCUUCAAAAAGAUCUAUAUGAGUCGACAUGAGAAUGUGAGCAUACUGUAUGCGGAUAUUGUCGGCUUUACCGCCAUCUCCUCGACGUAUAGCGCCCAAGAUCUGGUAAAAAUGCUAAACGAGCUCUUCGCACGCUUCGAUAGGCUCGCCGAGAAGUACCAACAACUGCGCAUUAAAAUUCUCGGCGAUUGCUAUUAUUGCAUUAGUGGAGCGCCCGAUGAGCGGCCGGAUCAUGCCGUGCUCUGUGUUCACAUGGGACUUUCCAUGGUUAAGGCCAUCAAAUAUGUGCAGCAAAAGGCAAACUCACCUGUUGAUAUGCGUGUGGGCAUACACACAGGUGCUGUCCUGGCCGGGAUACUGGGCCAGCGUCAAUGGCAGUUUGACGUUUACUCCAAGGACGUUGAGCUGGCUAAUAAAAUGGAGUCCAGUGGCAAAGCCGGACGUGUACACAUUUCCGACAAAACAUUGGCCUUUCUCAAUGGCGAAUUCGAGGUGGAGCCGGCCUUUGGCGAGAAGCGGGAGGAGCUGCUGCGCAUAGCUGGCCUGAAGACAUAUUUCAUUACGAAAGUGGUUAAACCGUUUGCCUCGCCCUGCGGCAAGAAAAUUAACGAAUCGAAGUCAGAGAAUACCAAUCAUAGUCCCGACUCGAAUCCCAGCAGCAACAGCAGCAAUGAGAGCAACGAAUGUGCUGGUGAUGACAACGAUGCCACAGUCGAUGAUGAGGAGCUCUUAGCACAAAGUGUCGUCAUCAAUGGACACAAUCCCACAGCCGCCGAGGAUGAGGAGGAGCAAAUAAAGCUGGAGAAUUUCAAGCAACGUUUAAAAGAUGAGCUGGUCACACGCGACGGGCAUGAAAAUCUCACCAAGGACACGAACAUCUUUUUGCGCUUCAAGAAUCCGCAACUGGAGCAGGCCUAUGCCGUCUAUCGGGAGCCAUACAGCUCGCUGCCCUUGCUGGCCGCCCUGCUGGUCCAGUGCAUCGAUGUUUUAUAUUCAUAUUUGGUGUUGCCGCGCUCAACGCUGCAUUUCAUUAACAUUGCCGCGCCGCUGGUGCCCAUUGCCAUGCUGGUGGCGAUUAGCAUUGCCGAAAGCUUUAGCGGCAUGCUGCCCAAGUUCUUUGUGGAUGUGAGCAAGCGUUUCAAUGACAUUACCUUCGUUCGGGAGCUGGCGGCCAUAAUUAUAGCACUUACCAUUGGCCUCAGCAAUGUCAUCGACAUGUUUUUCUUUGUCACCUUCGUGCGCACCGAGCACAUUGUUAGCGAGAGUGAAUUCAAUGCCACGGGCGGCUUAGAGGAGGUGGCCACCGCCGAGCACCUGCUGCCUGAAUCGUUUGUGGAACAGAUGCGUGAAGCGGUGCCCACCGAGCGUGUCUUAUAUCCGUCCUAUUUGAGCAACUUCAGUGUCCUCAUACUUAUCGCCAUUGCUGUAAUUGCACAGCUCACGCACUUGACCAAAAUCCUGUUGCUCCUGUCCAUUGCAGCCCUGCAUUGUUAUUUCAAUGUGUGCAUUAUGCAGGAUUUGUACAUUCUGGAGGAUGAUCUAGCACACCAACCUCUUAUAUCAACGCGUUAUUGUGCCUCAGGUCUGCUCCUUGUGGCGGCAUUGUCACUCAGCUUUUUGGCAAGACAUAUGGACCACGAGGAUCGUGUUAUAUUCAAAUGGAAAACUGAGGUGGCCGAGCAGAAGGAAACCGCCAACGAUAUGCGUCAGCGCAACGAGGCUUUGGUCUAUAAUGUGCUGCCCGUGCAUGUGGCCGAGCAUUUUAUGAAGAACACAAAGCGCUCCCACGACGAUCUCUACUCGCAGAGCUAUGCCGAGGUGGGCGUGCUCUUCGCCAGCAUGCCAAAUUUUUCAGAUUUCUAUUCGGAGGAGACCGUUAACAAUCAGGGCCUGGAAUGCUUGCGUUUUCUGAAUGAGGUCAUUUCCGAUUUCGAUGCGCUAUUGGAACUGCCACAGUUUCAGGACAUCAUUAAGAUAAAGACAAUUGGAUCAACUUAUAUGGCAGCCAGUGGCAUUAAUUUGCAGCGCAAUUUACGCACUGAUGCGCCCAUUACCGAACGCUGGUCCCACUUGGCGGUUCUGGUGGAAUUCGCCCUGGAGCUGAAACAUGCGCUGCAGGGCAUCAAUGAGCAAUCAUUCAAUCAUUUUGUACUCAAAAUGGGCAUCAAUCAUGGACCGAUAACGGCGGGCGUGAUUGGCGCCCGGAAGCCACACUAUGAUAUCUGGGGGAAUACGGUGAAUGUGGCCUCGAGAAUGGAGAGCACCGGUAAAGCGGGUGCCGUGCAGGUCACCGAGGAGACCUGUAACAUAUUGCAGCAAUUCGGAUAUACGUUUCAGCAGCGUGGCCUGGUGGCUGUAAAGGGCAAGGGCCAGCUGAUGACCUACUAUUUGCAGGGUAAAACUGAGAGCAGCGCUGCGGAGGCAAAGGCAGCCGUUGAGCUGCAUGAGAAAGAGACGGCGGCCACUGCAGCUCCAGUGUCAGUUAGUUUGGAGUGCAGCACUGAGCUGGAAGCGGACAUAAAGACACCACUGCUGAAGCUCAAGGCACAGGAUGCAGCAACGGAAGCCGCGGCAGAAUCAUGUCUAAGCAACGGAACCGUUGGGGAAUCUCAAUCCCUGUUGGAGUGAAUUGCGAAUGUAUUACAAUUAACAUAUUCAAAAUGUGUAUGGAUGUGUGUGCGUGUGUGUAUGUGUGUUAGAGUGUGUGAGUGUGCGUGUGCUUGUGCAAGCGUGAACAUAUAGUUAACUGUUAUACAACUGUUAUACUUGCUACAUUUGGUUUGCCUAUAUUCGUGUGAUAUUCUCUGCUACGUGAACAACUUUGAAACAAACAAAACAAAUGAAAAGAAGCAUAAGAAAAUUUAUACUCUUUAGUUGUAACUGGUCUUCGCUUUUGAAAAGUUUGUAAACUGUGUACCUUAAACAUUUAUAACUAUAACUUAAGUAUUCAAAUUUAUUGUGAGUGUUUUGUUUUAAACAAAUUGUUAUUUCAUUUACAAAUUAUAUAGUAGAAAAGAAACUGUAACAUAAUAAAUUAUUUGCUUAACAACAUUAGUCGAUGUGUAGUUCAAAAAUAUUAAGAAUCCAGAACAUCAAUUUAUUAUUAUAAACUCUAGCUUUAGGAACUUAAAUUAAAUUAUACAUAUAUAUAUAGAUAUAUAUAUAUACCUUUCGCAAAAGGAAAACCCCAAACAAAGUACUUCUCGAUGUGAAUGUGCUUGAAAUGUAACUAUAUAAUAAUACAUAUUAAUACAAAAACAAACAAACGCAAAUACAUAAAUAAUGCAUAUGUGUAGACUAAGUCGAGAUAAUUAAAUUGAGAAUCCGUAUCCCACCACACAACAAAAAAUGCAACCCACAAGCAAGUCCAAAAACGAAACAGUUAAACAAAUUGUAUGUACUAUAAUUUUGCUAAAUAAUUAUAAACUAUUAGUGAAUAUAUAGCAUUAAAUAAUGCCCCAACCUAGUGGAAGAAAAUAGUAGGCAAAUAAUUUGAAGAAUUCGGCAUGCAUAUUACACAAAAUAAUUACUAUUCUUAUGGAAACAUAGAUAAAUAAUAACAUAUACAUGUGCAUAUAUCUAGUCUACAUAUACAUUAGCAUGUCUACAUAGAGAAAGCGUCGCAUGUUUACUAGAGAACUUCAACGAAUUAGUCAAGAAACAAACUACGAACGAACUUACAUAGCAAGAUAAACUCACUGAAAAUUACAUCAAUAUAUUAAAACAAGAAAAUUCUGAAGACAAACGAAUGGCAAAUCCAGUUAAUAAGCAUUUUUGUCCAUUGGUUUCGUUAGCCUGACCUAAAUCGUUUUGUUAUUAAUGGCUUAAAGCAUGACAAUCAACGAAAAAAUGUGUAAGUUAAAAGCAUGACGAUGAUUGUUUAAAUAUCAAACCAAAGUCGCCAAAACCAUCUAAAUUGAUUUUUUUUUGUUAUCAAAUAUUUGAGAAUUACAUAAAAAAUUAAUAAAAAAUAAAUCCAUUAGUAAAUGUUUAAGUGUUGUGUUUUAAGCUAUUAACAUAAAAUCUAACAAUGCUCUUUUAUAUAGUUUCAAUGAAAAAAAAAAAAAAAAAAAAACAACAUAAAACAAUAAAUCUGCAAAUUAUAGGACAAAAUCAAAAGCCUAAUAAAUCUACAUAAAUAUACA